GAUAGAGUGGGUGGUGCGCAGCGCAACAGUUCUCUCCAACACGGAGUCCACAAUUCAUCGUUUUUAACAAAAGGAAUACGUUUGGGUUUAAAUUGGGGAUUUCAAUCGGGUGAGUUCUGUUGGUGUAUGUUCGCGGCGUAGCCUAUACUCUACACUGCAUUUUAAAAGUGUAUAAUUAGAUGGCCAUUCAAACCCUUGCUAUGCUCGGUAAAUCCGCAAGCGAGCGGUUAUGGCGCAUGGGACGUCCGGGGUUACCGAUUGAUGGGCACAAUAUUUGCCAUAUCUGAUUAAUAUAUAUAUUUUUAACUGACAUAUGCUACUGCUUCUUUGAAUUAAUACUUGAGUAGCCUACCAUUCACAUUCUAUUCCAUAUUCUGAGCCAUAGGCCUAUCCAAGCCUUUACGCAUAAUAUUGUAACGACCCUGUAUUGUGUUCUGUGUUCAUGGAGCAAUAUGCUUAGCCGUUUCCACUGGUCCAAAGUUGGCGACACUUCUUUAAUUGGAUUGAUCAUGUAUUUUUAUCCCAGUUUACUUUCACUAGGUGAAAAACAACUCUGAACAAUUAUUUUACCGUAGCUACCUCACCUCUGAUUUUCUGUCUGCAUGUGUCUAAUGUCCACCCCCUCCCCCCUCCAAAGCUCCCUGCGUGCGUGACAAUCAGCCAAUAUAAAAUAUUGAAGUUGGCGCUUAUUUUGGGUGUUAAUAAUUUUGGACGGGUACAUUUGUGUCUUGUGCCAUGUUUGCUUGGUAAGCCGUUAAAUCCUGUAGUUGUAUCUGUUAGUGGGGGCAAAAGCACCAAAUUAGAGGAGAUGUACUGCUAUGAUGUUGGAUACAGUUUGCACCAUGCAUGCGCUGUGCACGAGGCAGGCUUGAUGAUGAUGACAAUGGUGAUGAUGAAGAUGAGACAGUGCAUUCCAGUCUCAGAUGGUCAACUUCUAUUUUAUUUCACUGACUUGCACAAAAGAGAGGGCCAUACAGUCAGCCAUAAACAUCCUGACCAUAAUGGAACUGUCUUUAGAUCACCACAUAGCUACUAAGCCUUGAACCCUCUCAAAAUCCCACUGCCAGCUGUUCACCUCUCCUGUCAUCUCUCUAACAAAACUACUAGGCUACUCUGUCCUCAGUUUCCAUGUUUGUACCUACUUGUUUGGCAUUGUCUGGUCUGUUCUCCCAUGGAGAUAUGACCCAAAUCACCAAUCCCAAAACUAGUCACUCCCCCUGCAGUUAAAAGACAGCUGGAUGGGUGUAAACAAUAGCAGCAUCCCCUAUACCAGCUGGCAGUAGCCUGGGGACCAGGGUACCUGAGGGCUAACCAUAUCCCUGAUAGCCAUCCAAUUCUUUCAGGUCUGCAGAAAGGUGUCGGUAAGUGCCUAUUAUUAGGGGUGAGGAUGUUACCACCUGUAACAGAUGGCCCAGUACAGGCCUACUGCAGUGUUUCCCAAUUCUGGUCCUGGGGACCCCAAGGGGUGCACAAUUUAGUUUUUGCCCUAACACUGCACACCUGAUUCAAAUAAUCAACUCAUAAUCAAGCAUUUACAACAUGUAAAGUAUAUACUUUAAAAUAUAUUUAGAAUUGUUUAACACUUUUUUGGUUACUACAUGAUUCCAUAUGUGUUAUUUCAUAGUUCUGAUGUUUUCACUAUUAUUCUACAAUGUAAAAAAUAGUUUAAAAAAAAAAUAAUAAAACUUGAAUGAGUAGGUGUGUCCAAACUUUUGACUGGUACUGUAUGUAUAUAUAGUAUGUCAUGUGAGGUAUUGGUCACAAUAUCAGUCUUCGCAUCCCCAAUCCAAACCUUAACCUUUGUGAACUACAAAUUUACAGCUGAAUCUAGACAGGCACUUUCCAACAUGAGUUCAUCAAUCCAAAUUCUUAAGGAGAUUAUUUUAUUUGAAUUUCAUUCCAGAAUAACUUUAACUGCCUAUUGCCCAAUAGAAUCAACCAUUAGCCUGUUUAGCUAGGCCUAUUCCAAUGACCUUGGCCAGCACAAACCAAUGCAAAGGCUUAUACUAGUAUGUGACCAUAAAACCCUUGGAAUAACAGUGACUUUCGCCAAGACCGGAAGUGAAGAAAGAACCCUCCAACAGAGUGGUCAGUCAGGCAUGAAAGCCCCAAAUCACUGACACAGUGAUCUACCAGUUAACCCGUAUUUAAUCAUUAAGGUCCGGCCCUGACUCCCUGCAUUCUGCCACCAUGAUCAGCUUAAGGGGGUAUACCACAGUGAGUGAGAAGUGGUGGCCGACCGUAUGCUACUCAACCAAGCUAGCCCCCCUCUCACCGCACUGUGCGUGUGUGUGUUAGCGUGCGUGCGCGUGUGUGUGACCUUCACCGGUGAAGUCACAAGCCUAUUAGCCAGCAGUCUCUUAUGUUUGCCUCCCCUCACUCACCGUCACAUAGCUGUGCUUACUAAUCCUGCGCUUAUUCACUCUAUCUGCUGGGAUUUAACAGGUUCAUUUGACAAGCCACAAAUUAGAUAUUGUUAUGGAAAUGUGAUUGUUGGUUGGAUAACUAGGUGGGAUCUGUCUGUGUGACAGCAGGUGAUGUUGUGGGGGUUAAUGGUAGUGGCUUAGGAUGGAUAAAGGAUAGUAGGGGAUAGGAGAGGGACGGGAGUAGAGAGCGAACUGAACUGUCCCUAAUUUAGUUAAGCUCUGGGAUUUGGGGAUUACCUUUGGCAAUUCAUCUUGUUACGUGUCUGUGCACAGUGAGAGGAGGACAGCAGAUGUAGCAGGGUCGGAGUGUGUGGGGGAUUAGUGAUGGACACAGUGGGCACAGGAAGGAGAGUUUCACUGUACCUCGACACACUCACGCCAUGAACCAAGGGAGGAAGGAGGGAGGGAGAGAGGGAGGGAGAACGAGAUAGAGGGACAUGGAAGGGAGGAGAGCGAUAGAGAGCGUAACUGAUGAAAGAAAGGGGUGGUGAGAGGGAGGCAUGGAGGGAGGGAGGGGAUAGGGGACACAGAUGGGAGGAGAGCGAGGGAGUAGAUAGAGAGAGUAACUGGUGAGAGAAAGGGGUGGAGUGAGAGGGAGGCAGUGGGUGAGGAUGGGGGAAGAAAGUCUCAAAAGGGAUGAGUAGGAAGUUUAGUAUCGGAGGGGGGAAAGAGUGUAUAGGAAGUUGGGAGGUAAAGGGAGAGGGAGUAUGAGGAAACAGAGAGGAGAAAGAGAGAUAUGUUGAUGAGCUGGAUAAUGGAUUGCAAGAAAGGGGACCGCAGACUAAAAAAAUCAUAGAGAGAGAAGGAGAGAGAGACAGAGAGGGAGAUUUUAUUUAGGAUCCUACUUACUGGGGUCUGACACAUAAUGAAAAAGACAUUACAGACAAAAAUACUUUACAAUCUAGGUACAUUUAAAACCAUUAACAUGUAGACAUUCCAGACGUGUGUGUGUGUAUCUAUCAGUUACACAUACAUGUCAGUAUAUACACACAAAUAGUAGGCGAGAGAGAGAUAGAAAGAGAGCUGGAGGGAGACAGAUUGGAAGCCAAGGCAAAGCCUUAUCCCUUAGGCUUUGCUUUAAAUGAAGGGACAACACGAGCGCGAGAGAUGGUUGCCUUACAAUUGUACGUUGAAUCAACCUCAAUGCCAUUUUGUUGAGCAAACACACAAUCCUAUUGCAGCUGGUUGCCUUACACUGUACAUUUAUUCAAACCUCAAUGCUGACUUGCAAAGUCAUGUGUAGUUCCUAUUGAAAUCUAGAGUGAGGAUAUCCAACAACUGGAAUGUUUAAUCACCCGCAACCUACAUUGAGAAUGACUGCCGGGGUAAGGAAGAUUAAUUAUUGACACUAUCGAAAUCAUCUAAACUGGAACAGCCAUUUCAGUGACGGGUGCAAAAAGUCCAACUACUAACAGAUUUAAUUAGUUUAGAAAAAUGUACACUGCUCAAAAAAAUAAAGGGAACACUCAAAUAACACAUCCUAGAUCUGAAUGAAUGAAAUAAUCUUAUUAAAUACUUUUUUCUUUACAUAGUUGAAUGUGCUGACAACAAAACCACACAAAAAUUAUCAAUGGAAAUCAAAUGUAUCAACCCAUGGAGGUCUGGAUUUGGAGUCACCCUCAAAAUUAAAGUGGAAAACCACACUACAGGCUGAUCCAACUUUGAUAUAAUGUCCUUAAAACAAGUCAAAAUGAGGCUCAGUAGUGUGUGUGGCCUCCACGUGCCUGUAUGACCUCCCUACAACGCCUGGGCAUGCUCCUGAUGAGGUGGCGGAUGGUCUCCUGAGGGAUCUCCUCCCAGACCUGGACUAAAGCAUCCGCCAACUCCUGGACAGUCUGUGGUGCAACGUGGCGUUGGUGGAUGGAGCGAGACAUGAUGUCCCAGAUGUGCUCAAUUGGAUUCAGGUCUGGGGAACGGGCGGGCCAGUCCAUAGCAUCAAUGCCUUCCUCUUGCAGGAACUGCUGACACACUCCAGCCACAUGAGGUCUAGCAUUGUCUUGCAUUAGGAGGAACCCAGGGCCAACCGCACCAGCAUAUGGUCUCACAAGGGGUCUGAGGAUCUCAUCUCGGUACCUAAUGGCAGUCAGGCUACCUCUGGCGAGCACAUGGAGGGCUGUGCGGCCCCCCAAAGAAAUGCCACCCCACACCAUGACUGACCCACCGCCAAACCGGUCAUGCUGGAGGAUGUUGCAGGCAGCAGAACGUUCUCCAUGGCAUCUCCAGACUCUGUCACGUCUGUCACAUGUGCUCAGUGUGAACCUGCUUUCAUCUGUGAAGAGCACAGGGUGCCAGUGGCGAAUUUGCCAAUCUUGGUGUUCUCUGGCAAAUGCCAAACGUCCUGCACGGUGUUGGGCUGUAAGCACAACCCCCACCUGUGGACGUCGGGCCCUCAUACCACCCUCAUGGAGUCUGUUUCUGACCGUUUGAGCAGACACAUGCACAUUUGUGGCCUGCUGGAGGUCAUUUUCAGGGCUCUGGCAGUGCUCCUCCUGCUCCUCCUUGCACAAAGGCGGAGGUAGCAGUCCUGCUGCUGGGUUGUUGCCCUCCUACGGCCUCCUCCACGUCUCCUGAUGUACUGGCCUGUCUCCUGGUAGCGCCUCCAUGCUCUGGACACUACGCUGACAGACACAGCAAACCUUCUUGCCACAGCUUGCAUUGAUGUGCCAUCCUGGAUGAGCUGCACUACCUGAGCCACUUGUGUGGGUUGUAGACUCCGUCUCAUGCUACCACUACAGUGAAAGCACCGCCAGCAUUCAAAAGUGACCAAAACAUCAGCCAGGAAGCAUAGGAACUAAGAAGUGGUCUGUGGUCACCACCUGCAAAACCAGUCCUUUAUUGGGGGUGUCUUGCUAAUUGCCUAUAAUUUCCACCUGUUGUCUAUUCCAUUUGCACAACAGCAUGUGACAUUUAUUGUCAAUCAGUGUUGCUUCCUAAGUGGACAGUUUGAUUUCACAGAAGUGUGAUUGACUUGGAGUUACAUUGUGUUGUUUAAGUGUUCCCUUUAUUUUUUUGAGCAGUGUAUGUUAUUUAUGUUUGGGUAAUCAACCAAUUAAUGUAUAUGCAAAAACACAGGUAUUGAAACAAACAAUUCUGAAAAUCAACCUGCAAUAGAGCAUGCUGGAAAACAUAACGAUGGUCGUGGUUUUGAGCAAACAUACUGUACAUUUGUAAUCUUACUCAACAAGCUUUUUCAAAUUCAGCUCACUUAUAGAAACGUUUGUAGAGUGAACAAACGUUCACAUAUUAGCUACAUUUCUUGUCCACCCAACUCACAGAAUAAUGCUGAUUAAGUUAAGUUGGUUUUUCUACAUUGAAGACAAACAUGAAUUUGUAUUUUGACUCACACGUUAGCUCAAUUUAUUGUCUUUCUUAUGUCCACCAAACUCACAGAAUAAUGCUGAUUAAACAAUUGGUUAAGUUGGCUUUUUUACAGUGUGUUACAAGUACAACCCCUGGACAGGACGCUAUUCUAUCACAGGGCCUUACCUACCAAUCUGUCUCUUUAAAGCUGAGUGCCAAGCAAAGGUGCAUUUGGUCUGACUCAGUUUACUUACUUACUUACCAUGUUCCGGGAAAAAUGGCAUGACUCAGCAGGGUACACUCUUUAAAAUAAAGGUGCAAGUUGGAACCAAAUAAGGUUAUUGAGAGCGAUUUCAUAGGGGAAUUAUUUUAUGGUCUCUAGAGAACCAUGAAUUUGAUGGUUGUUUGAAGAAUCAUACAAAAAUCCAAAUCAGAAAUGUUUCAGCCCUCAAGGACCUGAAUUGAAUAGCCCUGCUGUAGGGUUUAAGACUUAUUUCCCAGGGUGCCUUUCCAGUGAAUUGUAGUUACCAGUACCACCUAUGACGGUGUUUGCUGGUGACAGAGACGUGGUUGUUGCAUUCAUUAAUUUUCAAUCCUGUGGCCUUCAACAAGUGAGAUCCUAAGUUAAUAUUUUGUCAUUAAAAUACAAUUAUUUAAGACAUAAGAAUACGUAUUUCAUAAGGUUUUCUUCUGAAGACCUAGUUUUAUCCUAAUAAGGUGGCCUAGAAUUCAUUGUUUUCAGGCCACAUCAGGCCUGCAUGACACAUUAUGCUGCCUUGCAAAGUGAUGUGUAAUUCCUAUUGGAAUCCAGCCAGACUGAGGAUAUCCAACAUUCCAACCCGCAACCUGCAUUCAGAAUGACUGCCACGGUUGGGAAGACUAAGAUAUGAGACUACCUUAAACAUCUAAACUGGAACAACCAUUUCAGUAACGGGUGCAAUAAGUCCAAGUAACAGAUUGGAAUAGUUUAGAAAAAUGUAUGUUAUUUAUAUUUGAGUAGCAUAAGAUUAAUUAAUUAAUCAAUGUUCAUGCAAAAAUGUACCUGCAAUAGAGCAUGCUGGGAAAUAUGAUAAUAAUACCAACACUGGGGUUCCUUUACACCAAUGAGUGUUAAUUUAACUCUUGAAUCAACACUAGAAAUGUUACACUGGAAAAUAAACAGUUAGUUAACACUAACCAAUUUGCUGUGAAUGGGACACAUCUGCAGGCUUCCACACAUUUCAAGAACCUUUCAGAAUUCUGAAGAACUGUAGAUGCCAGGUCAAGGACCCCACACUUGACUCAAAGGUUCUUUAACGGGCAAAAGUUCUCCAAGGAACCUUAAGAGCUGAGGAAGAACCAUUUAAAAACCUUUAUUUUCUUCAGUGUAUCGAACUCCCAACCUUCCAGUCUCAGGGCGGACACUCAAACCACAAGGCCACUGAGUUGGUUAGCCGCAACCCUAACCCUAUCCAGUUUACUUACUUACCAGGAUGUUUAGAAUUCAUGGCAUAUUAAAAUAUUUCUUACACUGCUCCAAAGUGAUUGCUCUUCUGUCUCCUCUGCCUUUUAGCUAAGCUGCGAUGCGAUUGGCCAGUGUGCAAGCGCGGGCCCGUCGGGCGGCUGAGGAGAGAGAAGAGCCGCCCCCAGGCCCCGCCCCUCCCUCCACCCACCACUCUGACCACCAGUUCAAGAACAUGAAGAGCAAGUUCUUCAACGAACUCACCCACAUGCCAAGUGAGCCCUGAACACAAUGAACACACACACACACACACACACACAUUCUGUGUGUGUCAUUUCAUUUCACAUAAUGUCCUCUCAUCAUUUACUCUCUUUCAUUUCAUCCCCUGCUUUUCCUCCACUUAUCACAGAUCAUAAACUCAAAAGUAAGUUAAUAUUGUUUUACCAUUGCUUGUUCUCUCCUUUCCAUCCUUCCUCAAAAUAACAUCUCAAAUAUUAUUAUUCCAUAACAUAAGGCUACACAAGGCCUAUGUAUGUUGUGUUAUACACUAAGUGUACAAAACAUUAAGGACACCUGCUCUUUCCAUGACAUAGACUGUCCAGGGAAAUACAGUUGACAGAUAUGAUCCCUUUGAAUGUUUGUAAGUUUUACAAAGUCUUUAUAUAAUGUAUAGUCUGUAUUCCCUGACUGUUGUUUGCAAUGUUUGGAUACUCUGUAGUAUACUCUUGUUUGUUUUUCUAUAUUGCACAUUUUGAAUUGCUUUACCAAAAAAUAAAAAUAAGCCAUGAUCCCUUAUUGAUGUCACUUGUUAAUUCCACUUCAAAUCAGUGUAGAUGAAGGGGAGGAGACAGGUUAAAGAAGGAUUUUAAAGUCUUGAGACAAUUGAGACAUGGCUUGUGUAUGUGUGCCAUUCAGAGAGUGAGCAAGACAAAAGAUUUAAGUGCCUUUGAAUGGGGUAUGGUAGUAGGUGCCAGGCGCACCGGUUUGUGUCAAGAACUGCAACGCUGCUGGGUUUUUCACGCUUAACAGUUUCCCAUGUGUAUCAACAAUGGUCCACCACCCAAAGGACAUCCAGCCAACUUGACACAACUGUGGGAAGCAUUGGAGUCAAAAUGGGCCAGCAUCCCUGUGGAAUGUCUUUGACACCUUGUAGAGUCCAUGCCCCGAAGAAUUGAGGCUGUUCUCAAUAUUAGGAAGGUGUUCUUAAUAUUUUGUACACUCAGUAUAUAUGUCAUAACGCUACAUAGGCCUAUGUAUGUUGUAUAAUAGAUGUCAUAAGGCUACAUAAGUAUUAUAUGUAUGUUAUAUGUAUGUUGUUAUGUAUGUUGUAUUAUAGAUGUCAUAAGGCUACAUAAGUAUUAUAUGUAUGUUAUAUGUAUGUUGUUAUGUAUGUUGUAUUAUAGAUGUCAUAAGGCUACAUAAGGAUUAUAUGUAUGUUAUAUGUAUGUUGUUAUGUAUGUUGUAUUAUAUAUGUCAUAAGGCUACAUAAGGAUUAUAUAUGUUAUAUGUAUGUUGUUAUGUAUGUUGUAUUAUAUAUGUCAUAAGGCUACAUAAGUAUGAUAUGUAUAUUAUAUGUAUGUUGUUAUGUAUGUUGUAUUAUAGAUGUCAUAAGGCUACAUAAGGCCUAUGUCUGUCUCUCCCCCAGUGCCCAUGUGGGCAAUAGGAGCCAUAGUGGUGGUGGUGCUGGCUCUGGUGGCCUGUCUAGGUUUCUGUAUCUGGAAGAAGUGCAUCAACAAGGGCAAGAAGCCCAAGAAAGUACGCGAGAGGAAAGGAGGCCGAGGCAGAAGGAAGAAGGAGGGAGGCGGAGAAGGAGAGGAGGGCAAGGUGAGAGGAGACAGAGGGAGGGAGGGCAAUAUAGUGGGUGGUGUAAUGGGUUCAAGUACCUAAUUUGCAACUGGUUUUCAAAUGAUCUGAAGUGAUUUCCAGAUGUAGUGACAGUAUCUGUGUGAAGGGAGAGACUAAUGCAGUGGCUGUGUAAUGAUACCUGUGAUUAAUGAUUGAUGUGAUGUUCUCUGUCAUGAAGGAUGGAGAGGGUAAGGAAGGAGAGGAGGAAGAAAAAGAGAAUUUUGGAAAACUGGAGUUCACCCUGGACUACAACUUCACUGACAACCAGGUGUGUGUGUGUGUGUGUGUGUGUCCGUUCGUGUGCGUGUGUGUCUUGUCCUCCCUGACAUUUGACCUUCUGGAUGCGAAGUGUCUGACUAUUGACAUGUCUAAAGGCUCUCUGAUCUCUGCUCUUUGUCUGCUCAGAUCUCAGCUUUAACCUCUGACCUCUUAUUUGUGUCUUCAGUGACCUUUGACCUUUUCCUCUUAAUGGCUCAGCUUUAAGCUGUGACCUUUACAGGGGACAUUUUCUAUCUGCUAAAACGCAGAUGCGCAACAUACCUGAGAUUUUACCAAACACAAACGUAACACUUCAAAACAACGGCACAGCACUUGAGUUUGGAGUGCUGCUGCAGUACACAUCUCAUUUGCCACAUAUAUGCAAUGUUUACCGGGAUUCAAUUCAAGCCGCAUAAUAGCGCAGUGCACUUCAACUGACUUUUAAAUGUAAUUUCCGAUUGAGACGUCAUUUGUUGCGUUUAUCAUUCCCUUUAAAAGCAGAAUCGCAAUAGCCCUAUAUGGAUUGAAUCCAGGCCUACAUUUGCCUAAAUGAUCACUGCGUUCAGUUCUUACGGACAUUGUUAAAAAUAUUUGGAAGGCCAUUGCUUACCUCUGACCUUUUACCCUUCUCUGCCCCCUCUUCCAGCUGAUCGUGGGCAUCCUGCAGGCUGAGAACCUGCCAGCCAUGGACAUGGGCGGCACCUCGGACCCCUAUGUCAAGGUUUACAUGCUGCCAGACAAGAAGAAGAAGUUUGAAACCAAAGUCCAGCGCAAGAACCUCUGCCCUGUGUUCAAUGAGACCUUCAUCUUCAAGGUCAGUCUGUGGUGCUGGAGAACAGAUGGCGAUAGUGAGAUGUGGUAUUCAUUCAUGUGUAUAUGUAAAAGCCUUAGAAAAGCUCUUACAGUACUGAGGUUUCUGUGGUCGAGAACUCUCUGUCCUGACCGUCAUCUCCCUGUUCUGUGUGUCCCUCCACAGAUCCCCUACCAGGAGCUGGGCGGUCAGACUCUGGUCCUGCAGGUCUUUGACUUUGAUCGCUUUGGUAAACACGAUGUGAUUGGACAGAUCUCCAUCUCCAUGAACAGUGUGGACCUGGCUCAGCCACUCCACGAAUGGAGGGAUCUGGUUGGAGGAGAGAAAGAGGAGGUGAGAAAGGAUGAAAACAGUCUGUUUGGGUUUUGGGUGCAUGUUUUUUUUACAUCUACCUGUCUGUGUCUGUCUGUCUGUCUGUCUCUGUAUACCAACCUAUAACUGUGUGUUUGUCUGGUCACAGGUAGAGAAGCUAGGGGACAUCUGUAUCUCUCUGCGCUACGUCCCCACAGCCGGUAAAUUGACCAUCAACAUCAUGGAGGCCAAGCACCUGAAGGCGAUGGACUGUGGAGGCUUGUCAGGUGACCCUCUAUUAGUCCUUACACUCUCCUAGUCAAUACUAGCCAUGCUGUGAUAUUACUGUCUCCUAGUCAAUACUAGCCAUGCUGUGAUGUUACUGUCUCCUAGUCAAUACUAGCCAUGCUGUGAUGUUACUGUCUCCUAGUCAAUACUAGCCAUGCUGUGAUGUUACUGUCUCCUGGUCAAUACUAGCCAUGCUGUGAUGUUACUGUCUCCUGGUCAAUACUAGCCAUGCUGUGAUGUUACUGUCUCCUAGUCAAUACUAGCCAUGCUGUGAUGUUACUGUCUCCUAGUCAAUACUAGCCAUGCUGUGAUGUUACUGUCUCCUGGUCAAUACUAGCCAUGCUGUGAUGUUACUGUCUCCUAGUCAAUACUAGCCAUGCUGUGAUGUUACUGUCUCCUGGUCAAUACUAGCCAUGCUGUGAUGUUACUGUCUCCUAGUCAAUACUAGCCAUGCUGUGAUGUUACUGUCUCCUGGUCAAUACUAGCCAUGCUGUGAUGUUACUGUCUCCUAGUCAAUACUAGCCAUGCUGUGAUGUUACUGUCUCCUGGUCAAUACUAGCCAUGCUGUGAUGUUACUGUCUCCUAGUCAAUACUAGCCAUGCUGUGAUGUUUACUGUCUCCUGGUCAAUACUAGCCAUGCUGUGAUGUUACUGUCUCCUGGUCAAUACUAGCCAUGCUGUGAUGUUACUGUCUCCUGGUCAAUACUAGCCAUGCUGUGAUGUUACUGUCUCCUAGUCAAUACUAGCCAUGCUGUGAUGUUACUGUCUCCUGGUCAAUACUAGCCAUGCUGUGAUGUUACUGUCUCCUAGUCAAUACUAGACAUUCUGUUACAUUACACUCUCCUAGUCAAUACUAGCCAUGCUGUGAUGUUACUGUCUCCUGGUCAAUACUAGCCAUGCUGUGAUGUUACUGUCUCCUAGUCAAUACUAGCCAUGCUGUGAUGUUACUGUCUCCUGGUCAAUACUAGCCAUGCUGUGAUGUUACUGUCUCCUAGUCAAUACUAGCCAUGCUGUGACAUUACACUCUCCUAGUCAAUACUAGCCAUGCUGUGAUGUUACUGUCUCCUAGUCAAUACUAGCCAUGCUGUGAUGUUACUGUCUCCUGGUCAAUACUAGCCAUGCUGUGAUGUUACUGUCUCCUAGUCAAUACUAGACAUUCUGUUACAUUACACUCUCCUAGUCAAUACUAGACAUUCUGUUACAUUACACUCUCCUAGUCAAUACUAGACAUUCUGUUACAUUACACUCUCCUAGUCAAUACUAGACAUUCUGUUACAUUACACUCUCCUAGUCAAUACUAGCCAUGCUGUGACAUUACACUCUCCUAGUCAAUACUAGCCAUGCUGUGACAUUACACUCUCCUAGUCAAUACUAGCCAUGCUGUGACAUUACACUCUCCUAGUCAAUACUAGCCAUGCUGUGACAUUACACUCUCCUAGUCAAUACUAGCCAUGCUGUGACAUUACACUCUCCUAGUCAAUACUAGCCAUGCUGUGACCUAUUAAUGACAUCUGGUUGCCUACAUUUUGUUGAAGUAAUUAAACUUAAACCACUGGGAAGCAUUACAGAGUUGCAGACGGUACAGAUUAAUCUACUGUACAAUCAUUUGACCGCAAUCUUCUUCAUCGAAGUGGCUCACACUCUGUUUGACCUCUGUUUUCUGUAACUAACAUUCCUCUCUACCCCAUGUCUUCUCCGACCAGAUCCCUUUGUUAAAGUGGUGCUGCAGCACCAAGGCAAGCGGCUGAAGAAGAAGAAGACUACAGUCAAACAGAACACUCUGAACCCCUACUUCAACGAAAGCUUCAGCUUCGAGAUCCCCUUCGGCCAAAUACAGGUAUGUACACCAAACUUCCCAUAAGAUAUCUUGGGGUCGUGAUAACAGGUUUUCCUGUGGGUCGGGCGACCUGUGUUUGAGGACUCUCCCGUCGUUUCUCUAGAACAUUGCACUCUCCCGCCAUUUCCUGCUGUAUGUUGAACAGCACUGUACAUUUCAGCUGACUUUUUUAACUUGACGCUUUUUCCACUCUUCCUUUUCCUCUUGCAGAAAGUCCAAGUGUUGAUCACGGUGUACGAUUACGACAAGCUGGGCAGCAAUGACGCCAUCGGGAAGGUUUGGAUCGGCUUCGGCGCCUCUGGGGUGGGCCUCCGCCAUUGGUCAGACAUGCUGGCCAAUCCAAGACGUCCCGUGGCCCAGUGGCACGCCCUGUGUCCUGAGGAGGAAGUGGAUGAGGCCCUGAAGAAACCUAUCCGCUAAACGCACACCCAGCCACUGAACAAUCCUGUACAUGUUAAAACAAACAACAUAAGACCUGAAAACUAAACAACAGUGGAUAAGCUCCACCCGAAGACCACAAUAGUGCUGAUCAUGACACAACACACUUCUCACGUAGAAACUCCAAGGAAACAAAAUGUAACUACCGCCCAAACACUACAAUCCACCUGUACAUCGCUGCAGUGCUGGAAUGACAUUUCUGAUACGUUUUUUGAGUACUCUCUCCUUCCUUAUUAUUCUCCAUAGAAAAUCUUUUUUGGCCUAUUAACUAAUUGUACUGUAUGUUUUUACUAUUGUGUCCAUUUUGAUGUUAAGUUAUGAGUAUGGCUGACUGUUUUCUGCUUUUUUUUGUGUUAAACUGUAGUACAUGAAAGCUUUCUCUGUUUUACCUCCUGAAUGUAAUGUGAGUGGUUGUAAAUAGCUAAAUAAAUAUUUCAAAAAAUUACCAGAUGGAUUGUC